AUGCUGUUUAGGAGCAUCAUCAUCACCCUUGCAUCAGUUGCUGGAAUCGUCGAGGCCGCCAAAUAUAAGAGAUGCAAAUGCCACGACAGCAACACCGGCCUUCAAGUCGAUUGGGCUACUGAAAAAGCCUGCAACGACUACAGGGAUGAUAUCCCAGCCCGUGUCCGGUUCAGCUAUUAUGAUAAUCGCGCAUGCAUGCCAAACGAGUUGGAUUAUAUCGACGGUGACACGAUUAACAACGAACUCUUCACUCUCAAGUGUUACCGAUAUGGUGACACUUACGGUCAAUAUUGCUGGUUCAAGGCGUAG